AUGCCCUGUCAACUCAACUUCUACAUUUCCCUAGACAUUCCCCCUCCCAAGCGUCGGAGAACGCUUGCUGGCUCUAUUAUCUCUACUGCGCUGAGCGCGGCUCUUAUUGGAACUGCUGUUGGUCUUACUGUGUAUCGCCUAUGGAGAGAUCGUGGCAGGAACCCGGAGCUGGCACCUCCUCCUUAUGAACAAGGGGAAUGGGUACCUCCGGAGCCCGAGACUCCCAAUCAUCCUGCUACACCAUCCUUCAAGCCUGCUACGACCCCUCGCUCGCGGAAGUCGCGCCCUGUUGCAGGCCGGCGGACUGUCCCCCGUCAUCGCAAGACCCCGUCUCGUUCUGGUCCAGCUACCCACUACUAUGGCCAGCCUCCUCACGUGGCCUCCCGUUCACCAAUACCUCCUGAGUUUAGCUUCGCUAGCGGGUCACGAUCAAGCCCCAGGCCGGGCGAGGACGCGGAUGUGGACGAUCAGAUGUCCUGGAUGGGAGAUCGCCUCGCCCAGCUCAUCGCCGAGGGCCAAAAGGCACUUGGCAAGGAGGUCGUCAUCAUGAGCGAGGACCAGGCUGACGAGGUCGACGAUGGCUCUGGCGCCUGGGUCGAGGAGGAUGACAAGCCGAAUGUGGCCGGGUCGAGUCGCAGCAAUGGCGUCGGCCUUCCCCCGUAUUCCCCUGGAUCCUCGAGCCUUUACCUGAAUACGUCGCCGACGCAGGGAGUUUUCGGUCGCGGCGUGUCCGUGGAGUCCGAUGCCCGGUCCGUCAGGAGCGAGUUUCGCGAGGACGAGUCCUCAUGGGCAACUCCGGAGAUGCGCGAGAGCAUGGAGCGCGCGCGGAUGCUAUACAGGCAGAAGCGCGGGCUCUAG